UUUGUGGUUGCGUCUAUUUUCUUCCUUCAUCUAUUUGUCUUGUGAGAAAUUCAGCGAUCGAAGGGAAAGAGAGAUGGCUUGCUUGCACAAUCACAGCUGCGAAGAUCACGAUUGUUCGUCCGGUUGGACUCUCUACGAGCAUAUUGACCUCCCCAAGGUUUCUGCUUUGAAUGAGGCGGUUCCAGGAAGCGUCAAGUCGGUUUUCAAAGCUUGGGAGCAACGGCUGAAUUCUAGUGGGGGACACUUGGAGAGCAAUGAGGGUGAUCCUGAGUUACUUGUUUACAUUCCAUUUACAUCAGAUGUAAAGAUCAAGAGCAUAUCAGUUGUAGGUGGUGUUGACGGAACAAGUCCUUCCAAGAUGAGGGCGUUCAUAAACAAAGAAGGAAUUGACUUUUCAGAUGCUCAAGGAAUGCAAGCUGUUCAGGAGUGGGAUCUGGUCGAAAAUUUUCAAGGAACGUUGGAGUACCAGACAAGAUAUUCCAAAUUUCAAAACGUGGCCAGCAUCACAUUGCAUUUUCCCAAUAGUUUUGGUGGUGAUACAACUAAGAUAGAGUACAUUGGCUUUAAAGGCGAAGCUACAAAGUUGAAGAGGGAUGUUGUCGCAACAAUUGUUUACGAACUCAGGCCAAAUCCUUCCGAUCAUAAACCAGACCAGGAAAUCUCAUCAGAAGCAACAAGAACAAUCAAACGGGCAAAGCGGAGUGUUUCCAGCAUCUGCAUUGUUAAUUCCCAACUCAUCUUCUGUGUAAACCCCUUUCCAGUUUCGGUUUUCUUCUUCUUUUUCGCUGCAAAUAUUUCAUCAAUCUCAGAAACGGGCUUCUUUGCAGAAGGCACAGGGUUUUCAGCCUGAGAAUCGACAAAAACUACAAAGAUGAAAGGUAACCAAAGAAACUACGGAAAAGAUGUGCGCAACUUACUUGAUUAUUAACCUGAGAUGUCAGGGUGGUGUUUCCGCCAGACACAUGACACAAGCUACUUGACGAGAGGGUUAAUCCAGCAACACCAACUUUAAACAUGCAGCAAAAGCCUUCCGAUCUUCACCAGUCAAAUACGCAACCUGCAACAAUUAACAAGAACUUCAUCAGGCCACUGAAAUAACAGUUGUAUAGCAUCAAAUCCAGUCACUGAAACUACGGACGUGGUUUCCGUAUGUUGUACCCAAAUUCAAAAACCAGUUCCAGAAAAGUAAACGAGUGUCAUAAUGUUUGUAUGUAGCCAAAAAUUGUAGCAUGAAACCACAGAAAAGAUUUCAAGCUAUCUUCUAUUGGCAAAUUCAUAUCGGCUCCAAGCGGCAGUCAAGGCACCAUCAAACUGGUUCUUGCUGUUGACUCGUAUAGAUAGAGCCUCCCUCGACACUUACAGGGCUUCCUAAUCCGAUUCGAUCAUCAAAAUCUAACAAUUAAACUAAUUACAGAUCUUUCAUUCAGCCACAUUGCAUCAAUGCAACACUAAAACCUACAAUCUUCAGAUUCCUCACCAUUUAAUCACUAAAAAGAGUAAAAAUUUGGAUUUAAAACACAAAACCCAACAAAUUAUUCAUAAAAUUUGGAAGAUUUAGCUGCUUUAAAUUUGAAGGAAAGCGUGGAAAAAUAACAUCUUUCCUCCAAUCGUGAUAGUAGCUAUUUCUCGGCACCAUGCAAAAGGUUGCUUGUUAUUGGAUUUAGCAACAAACACCCGUGUCUGACUGGAGUGCCCAAAUUUUAUUAUUUUUCAUAAAUCCAACCAAAAC